AACUUGGGUAUAUGCUAGAAAUCAGAAAAUUUCGGGAAAAGUCUCACAAAAAUAUAUUGAUUCUGCAAUGAAUUAAUAAAACGGAAACAUGGAGGGAAUUGCUGACACGGAAUAGGCUCCGUUCUGACUUCCAGUCAUUUUCUCUGCCGUUUGCUGGAACCUCUUUGUGGAUGCAAGCGGGCCAUGUCAAAGGCCUUCAUUUGAGGAGAAAGAAGCCGCUUGGACCAGGCGUGCUCACAGCCAGCGUUCACUGUACCGUCACAGGGGAGGGGCAGCAUGGCCGAGUGCGAGGGGCACAGGGCCCAGGCCGACUGGAAGGAGAGGUGCAUCGCUCUGGAGACGCAGCUGCUCAAGUUCCGGGUGCAGGCUAGCAGGAUACGGGAGCUCCUGGCGGAAAAGAUGCAGCAGUUGGAGAGGCAGGUACUGGAGGCGGAGCGACGUGCCCAAAAAGCCAACCAACAGGUGCAGGUGAUGGAGGAGAAGCUGAAGGCUGCCGACGUGCAGACCAGCGAGUGUGAAACGCGCCUGUUCCGCCGCUGCCAGGACCUGCAGUCGCUGCUGCAGGAGAAGGACGACAUCAUCGCCCUGCUGGAGCAGCAGCUGGAGGAGCAGAAGCAGAUCAGACUCCAGGAGGCCAAGGUUGUGGAAGAGAAAGCAGCCAAAAUCAAGGAGUGGGUGAUGCUGAAGCUGCACGAGCUGGAGGUGGAGAACGGGACCCUACGGGAGACGAACCAGCUACAGUUCACCCAGAUCGCUGAGCUGCAGAAGCAGGUGCAGGCCUUGCAGCGGAAGAAAGCCACCCAGCCCAAACCUGGCGAAGCUCAGCGCCUCAGCAGCCUCACCUUUGGCUGCUUCCAGGUCCGUGCCAACAGCCCCCAGGUCAUCACAGGCCCGGAACCAUGCCGGCGGACCCUCAGCACCCGGCAAGACGGCAAAGAUGCUGAGGAUGGUGCCCAUUCAGAGAAAAACACCAAACAGACACUGACAUCCCCAGGGAAUGACUAUGAUACCAAAGGUCACAAGUUAGUCCAAGGAAACACGGCGGAUGGAGGAUCAGACAAGAUGUCAAGCUCCAAGAAAGGGAGUGAAGGGAAGCCUUUAAGGCAGGGGAGCCCUGAGGACGGCGGGGUGACUAGAGGAGGUACGGCAGGGUCGGAGGUCAGGGGAGUUAAUUUCAGCCGACCGGGAAGCGAGACGUACCACACGGCAUCCGAUGACAGCAGCUCGCUCUUCGACGAUGACCUGCAGCGCUCCGACAACCUCGAGUUCCGCUUCCAGGUCUCCACGGGGGCUGGAAUGGCAAGAGGCGGAUGGGGCACGGAGCGAGCCGAAUGUAACAGCUCCUCCGAGGAGCUGAGUAAGCAGUUUCAGUCUCAGCGCCUCGACUCCUCAUCAUCAUCCAGCGAGACUAACACCCCAAGCCCCAACCUUGCUCUCACUAAUGCCGCAAAGCACCCUGACCCAGGCUCCUCGGCCCCGCCCUCGCCUACAAAGAAGCCCCCGCUAAAGCUGUGCACCCCCGAUGCCUUUAGCGUCAGCGCAGCGCUCGCUAAGAAACACCUGAGCCAGCCUCCACCGAGCAGCAAGUCGCCGCACGGCCGCACACGUAACGCCAUCAGCGUGCUCCGACCGCUGCAGCCCCAGGAGACCGACCUGGACUGUGAGCAGGAUGUAGAGAUGGCCCGGGACGGACCCUCCAGUACCGCCGGGGAAGAGAUUGAAUCUCCCAUCUCACCUGCAUUUGUGCCUGGAAGUAAACCUCCAACUCCCCCUCUGCACAGAUUCCCUUCUUGGGAAAGCCGGAUCUAUGCGGUUGCCAAAUCUGGGAUCCGACUGUCAGAGAGCUCAUGCACAGAACUUGCCAAUAAAAGCUCCACCCCCCAGUCCUCACCCCCGGCCUCGGCCCUGUACACCUCCCUCAUCUAUCGGAACAUGACGACGCCUGUCUACACCACACUGAAGGGGAAGGCCACCCAGCUGAGCAGCAGUCCUUUCUUGGAUGAGUCCUCGGGCUCCGAAGAGGAGGAGAGCUCACUCUGCAGCUCACGUACCUCCGGGUCUGAUUCACGCAAAGGGAGCAGCCCAGGGAGCCCACGAGCGCCCAAGAGAGCUGUCUCCAUGUCUUCCAUGACAUCUGAGAGUGACUAUGCCAUCCCCCCUGACGCCUACUCUGCCACCGACACGGAGUGCUCUGAACCAGAGCAAAAGCUGCCCAAAACCUGCUCCUCCUCUAGCGACCACAGCCGUAGUGAACCACUAGAGAAGGCUGGCUACCUCCUGAAGAUGGGAGGUAGGGUGAAGACCUGGAAGAGACGCUGGUUUGUCCUGAAGGCCGGGGAGCUGCUCUAUUACAAGUCCCCGAGUGACGUCAUUAGGCGCCCACAGGGUCAAAUUGAACUGUCUGCCUCGAGCAGCAUCGUUCGCGGGGACAACAAGCAGACGCUCCAGCUGGUCACGGAGAAGCGAGUGUACUACCUGACAGCAGAUUCCCCAAACCUCCUGGAAGAGUGGAUACGGGUCUUACAGAACGUCCUUCGGGUCCAAGUGGCCAGCCCACUCUUUACCCAACCUGAGGUUCGGCCCGGCAUGAAGGGACUGCUGACCAAGGUGAAACAUGGUUACUCCAAGAGGGUGUGGUGUUCACUUAUUGGGAAAACACUCUACUAUUUUCGCAGCCAGGAUGACAAGUUCCCAUUGGGACAGAUUAAGCUGUGGGAGGGACGUGUGGAGGAGGUGGACAGGUCAUGUGAUUCUGACGAAGACUAUGAAUCGAGUGGGAGGAGCCUGCUGUCGACCCAUUACACCGUUGCCGUUCAUCCACGAGACCAAGGCCCCACAUACCUGCUUAUCGGUUCCCAGCAUGAGAAGGAAGCAUGGCUGUACCACCUAUCCGUGGCAGCAGGCACCGCAGGGGGCCAGGUGGGCACUGAGUUUGAGCAGCUGGUGGGCAAACUGCUUCAGGUGGAGGGAGAUCCAGGUUCCCACAUCUGGAGACACCCAAUGCUUUGCUUCAGCAAAGAGGGCCUCUGCUCUCCCCUAACCACUCUGCCAUCUCAGGCCUUACAAACAGAGGCCAUUAAACUCUUCAAGACAUGUCAGUUGUUUAUCAAUGUGGCCAUAGACGCCCCAGCCAUUGACUACCACGUAUCACUGGCUCAGAGUGCGCUGCAGGUCUGCUUGACUCAUCCGGAGUUGCAGAACGAGAUCUUCUGUCAGCUGGUGAAGCAGACCAGGAAGAGGCAACCGCAGGGACAGGCUGGACCCUUACAGGGUUGGCAGUUCUUGGCGUUGUGUGUGGGACUUUUCCUUCCCCAGCAUCCCUUCCUUUGGCUCCUGCAGGAACACCUCAAGAAGCAUGGAGAGCCCAGGACAGAAAUUGGGAAGUACGCCAUCUACUGUCAGCGGUCGGUAGAGCGCAGCCAGCAGAAAGGGGAAAGGGAGGCCCGCCCCUCUCGCAUGGAGAUCCUGUCAAUCCUGCUGAGGAACCCGUACCACCACUCUCUGCCCUUCAGCGUCCCAGUGCAUUUCCUUAAUAACACCUACCAGGUGGUGGGUUUCGAUGCGUCCACCACAGUGGAAGAGUUCCUGGGACGGCUAAACCAGGAAAUGGGAAUGAGGAAGAUGGUGCAUUCGGGAUUUGCGCUGUACACAGACGACCCUUCUGGGCAGGACCUGGAGCACAGUCUGCAGGGGAACGUUAAGAUCUGUGACAUCAUCUCAAAAUGGGAGCAGGCCUCUAAAGAACAGCAUACGGGUAAAUCUGAAGGCACCAGGACAGUCCGAUUCACCUAUAAGAACAGGCUGUACUGUUCUCUCUCGGUGAGAGGAGAAACGGAACGGGAACGCCUGCUACUGGCAUUCCAGACCAAUGAGGAGAUUGUGGUUGGGCGCUUCCCCAUCAACAAGGAGCUGGCCCUAGAAAUGGCUGCUUUGCUGGCUCAGGUGGAAUUUGCCGACUUUGAACGUCCCUUCUCCUUGGGUGGUUCAGGAUCGCCUCAAUCUAAGUCUAGCCAGACACUGAAACAAGCCAUGGAAAGGUUCUAUCCCAAGCACUACCGGCAGGCCUGCACAGAAGACCAUCUCAGGCAGUUAAGGCAACGUCUCACUGCACGUUGGGGGUCCUUGAGAGGCCGGAGCUCCACUGAUUGCAUCCGUAUCUACCUGACAGUCGCCAGAAAGUGGCCCUUCUUCGGAGCGAAAUUGUUCACCGCUAAGCUCAUCACACCCUCCCCGCAGCAGGGCGCCCCCGUGUGGCUGGCUGUGCACGAGGAUGGCAUCGGCGUGCUGGAUUAUAAAUCAAUGAGGCUGCUCAUGUCACACCCAUAUAAGAACUUGAUGACCUUCGGCGGUUGCCGUGAUGACUUCAUGCUGGUGGUGGGGCAGAAUCUCGGCAGCAGUGCGGGGAAAGACAAGCCCACGGAGAAGCACCUAUUUGGCAUGACCAAGCCCAAGAUCCUGGAGAUGACCCUACUCAUCGCCAGCUAUAUCAACAGUGCUCAUCAGCAGAAGGCUGCUGCCCACCACCUCUCUGCACCUGCCCUCCUGCUGGCUCAGCCAGCCGACCUCAAGAAAGAGCUGGACGGCAAGUCGCCGCCAGCCCCCAGCAGGCCCAGUAUGGUGCCGACUCUGCUGUGAGGAUGUGGGAAGGAGGCUGAUGCAGCAAAUAGCGUGUUUUCCACGCCAACAUGACUGUCAUGUGACAGAAGGCUAUGUUCGGCUGCACCUGCCACUGACAAGUUACUUCCCUUAAUGAACUCAGGAGAUCAAAUCUUUUUACUGUCAAAAGGUACGGCCAUUCCUGCUGCUUCUGUGUUCAGCUGGGAAGGCAAGUCUGUUGCUGUCACCCCCGAGAACUAGCAAAAGCCAACGGGACAGGUGGUGGGCAGUGUGAGUGGGUCUGUCAAACUCACUGCCUUGCGCUUCUUCAGCUGUUAGCUUUUGUACGGCAAAAAACAUGGGAAGUCUGCAGAAAUACUUCUGAGGGACAAUGCUGGGAAUGAAGCAACAUAAAUUCAGUAUUGUGCAAUUUCUAUUGCCUUUGUCCAAAUGAACCGCAAAGGAACCAAACUGGGAAUGCUGUCAGAAUUCCAGAUUAGGUUUCAAUGUUUUAACAGGGCGAACUGUGCUUGUGUUUUAUGUUUAUAUUAUGUUUUUAUUAAGUCAUACACAGAUAUGUAUAUCAUCGGUGCAGUUAUUAAUGUUACCGUGGUAACAUCCACAUGAACCAGGUGGUCUGCGCUUGUGCAAACCUGCUGUCAGAUACGUAAGCUGGCACCCUACGCGGUCAGAAAAUAGAAUACCAAUUUGUACCUUUGCUUGUCACUGGAGCUGUACCAUGUAGGUAAUUGUACCUUUUAAGGUACAGAAAUGGACUAUAAGGAACAUUUUUGUGCCAUUAUGGGUCAUUAAUGUUGUUUGUACUUUGGAGUGUCCAUUGCUGUACCUUAGAAGGUACAUUUACCUACAGCUAGGGUACAAUUGGCAGACCGUUGAGGGUACAGACCCAGUGAAAAGCAAAGAUACAAACCGGCACUCUUUUCUGACAGUGUAGGUUGCAUGGUACCCAUUUGUGGAAUUUGUUUCUGGUCUGAGCUCACACUUGUGACAGUGUUGAAAUGGACAAAUCAGGAUUUAAUUAUCUGCUUUAAUAUUUAUUUUGAUAUGCCAAGCAUAUAUGCACAAGUUAUUACGCUCACAGAAUUACAGUAUUUAAAUAAACACUUGAAAAGUU